AUGGUUUCAAACAGUGAUAUCCCAGGACUCGACCAGCCUCUAAAUUAUGAAUCCGAAUCCACUUGUCUCUUUCCCAACCUUCUGAACAACGAUAAGGGUCAUGCCCACCUCGAGUAUUCCCCUUACGAGGAACUUCCCCCGACUAUUGAAUUGCCUCUCACGACCCUUCGCGAAUUUACGAUGUUGCAUAUUAUGAACGGAGUCACUGAUAAGCCCAACUGGAAUAUCAAGAUCUUUGAUGAUGAGAUCCGAGCGAAGUGGAAGGCUAAGGCAUUGGCUGCACCUGGAAAAGAUGUUAUGGAAAGCAUGGCUGAGUGGUGCAUGGAGGAGCUGAAAUACAAGGCCAGCCGUUUCGACAAGACGGAAGGUGGCGCGAUAAAGGUGUACAAUGGUGAUGUCAUGAAAUCGGAUACUGCUGUAUCUCAAACGAUCAUGGAGGAACUGCAAGCUGCUGUCAGUCCUCUUGAAGAUGUUCCAGAAUGGGAGAAGGACUGGCAUCCCAGAUCAGAUGAGAAAGUUCUGAAUUUGGUCCACCCAAGCUUGUUCCCCGUUGUUUAUGGACGGACGAGGGCUCUUGGGAAGGGUAAAGGGUUCGCGACAUUGGAGAAUUGUAUUGCGAGGUGUGGCGAAGGCAACGUGUUAGAAAAGCAGAAGGCUCCAGAUAAGAGGUACAGCGCAGAUUUUCAAUGGUUGCCUUGCGAAGUGGACAUUUCGGAAGGUAAUGGGCAGGCAAGAAUUACAAGUUACAUCAACAAUCUCCAUCCAAAGAAACAUAAAGACCUUUACCACAUCAUUGACAAGAUCAUCACUGCUUCGAUUCCCCUGUGGAACAAAACUCUCGCGCCACUGGCUCAUCUCUGGUACCACAAAAACUUGACGACGAUCAAAUGCGACCGAGGAUCUUGCGACAUGCAGAGUAGGUUUCCCAGCUGUUGUGUAUGGGUUUGUUGGCUUGGUGAAGUGCGAACACUCGGAGGCCCGCAACGACUGGAAGGAGAAGAGGAACGGUAUUCACAGUCGUAUUGGAAUAGGAGGGAGCGGUGGAUCGAGGCUACAAGGAAGGUCGUGCUUCCUGAGCCAAAUGUUUUUCGGCCUCUUCAGGAGCCCCCGCCCUUUGAUUUGAGGGAGGAGUUUGGGAUCUGGGGGUUGCAAGUAAUUGUCAAAUUGGCGAAUAUUGAGCUAACACCGGAAAAGCCUGAAUAUGCUGGAGGAAUGUGGCACGUUGAAGGUCAAAUGAAUGAACGUAUCUGUGCAACAGUGCUUUACUAUUACUCAUCCUCGAACAUCACUCCAUCAUCCCUCGCAUUUCGCCAACACACUGGCGACGGGCACAGGAAAAUCUGUGUGCCAUCUGCGGACACAGGUUGCCACGAUUGGCUUCCCGCAGUAUUCGGGUGCACCCAGAACGGGCCAACGUUCCAGAAUGUCGGGAGCGUAGAUACGCGCGAAGGCCGACUGUUGACGUUUCCCAAUGUUUUGCAACAUCAGGUGCAACCAUUCGAGCUCGUGGAUCGGACGAAGCCAGGGCACAGGAAAAUCCUUGCGCUUUUCUUGGUCGAUCCAAAUAUCAAGAUUAUCAGCUCAGCGAAUGUACCAUGUCAACGCAAGGAUUGGUGGAGGGAGGAGAUCGCGCACGGGGGUGUGUUUGACAAGUUGCUUCCGAGGGAGCUGAGAGAUCUGAUAUUUCAGGGGGUGGAGGAGUUCCCAAUUGGGGUGGAGGAGGCGAAGGAGAUCAGACUCAAGCUUAUGGAAGAAAGAAAAGCCUUUGUUUUAGACAAGGCUAAUGAUUUCGAGGUUUUCUCUUUGUGA